GCCGAGGCGAGGGGGGAGGUCCCGGCCGGGGCGGCCCAGCCGUGCGGGUGGGCAUGGGGGGGCCUGCAGGCCUGCCCCAGGAGCGGUCGGCGGAGGGGGGGCCGCUCGCCCGAGCUGGCGGCACCUCAGGCUCCCCCCCCCGCCUCAGGCCUCGGCGCCGGUGGGAGGCCGCAGGGCCGUGCCCCCACCCCGGCCGGUUCUCAACGGUUUGCGUUUGUCAUUCCUGCAGGGUUACCUGGUCAGCAGCGGUCUCGGCGGGUAACCAUGUAGUGCUUAAAUCAGAGGCAGCCUCCACGAUGAAUGUUACAGUCAUAAAUAGUUACCAGUAUCUGCUAAUGCCUGGUAGCGCUCUGGUCCCCAGUCCCCUAUGAAUUCAUCACUGCCGCAUUCUGCUUCGCCCCAGAAACUUAGCUCAAGCUUUGAGGACAGCACCAUUCAGAAACAGAGACAAGAACUCCAGCUUUUAAUUGCAGAACUGAAAGAUCGUGAUAAGGAGCUCAAUGACAUGGUUGCAGUGCAUCAGAGGCAGCUUCUAGCCUGGGAAGAUGAUCGGCAAAAAAUACUUACUUUAGCAGAACGAUGCAACUUAUUAAAAAAUGAGCUGAACAAGAGAAAUGAAAUUGUAAAAUCACUGACCAAAAGGUUAAAGUUCUUAGAAUCUCAGCAGAAUGACAGUAAGACAAUUGAAAAUACACCACAGAAGUUUAAGGAGCUGUCUCAAAAAGUAACAGAUGCAACUGUUCACUGUCAGGCUUUGGAGGAGAAAAAUCAAAGUCUCCACUGCUUAGUUUUGGAACUGUCUGCUAAAACAGGCCAGCUGCAAGCGAGAGAACAGGAGCUUCUUACUAUGCUUAAGCUGAAGGAUGAGGCUAUACUUGAAACAACUGAUCACAUUACUGACUUUACAUCUAAAUUCAAAAAGCUGGAAAGUGCAUUGCGUGCAGCAAAGACGGAGGAAUUCAGUCUCAACAAAGAAAAGGAAGACCUCAAACUGAGACUGAAAGAACUAAUACUUGAAACAAACAAGCUGAAAGAUGACCUCUGUGAAAAGAUGAAAGAAAAUAAUAAGCAGCAGGAAGAAAUCAUUCACCUCAAACAAGAAAACAGCUGCUUGAGGAAUGAGCUCGCACUUAUUGUUGAGAAAGCAAAGAGAAAGGAUCAACUUCUUCAGUUUGCCAAGUCUAAACAAGCACGGACUGACACAGAACUAUCAAGUUUGCGACAGAUCUAUGUAAAACAGCAGCGUGACUUGCAAUUUCUUCAUGUCAAUUUGGAGAGCUCUCAGGAAUCAAGGCAAAAGCAUGAAAAGGCGGCACAUGAAAGGAGCAUAGGUAUGGCAUUCUCUGCCCCUGAAAGUAACAGCAAGACAGACACGGUUAGGACUGAGGGCACCCACGGGAUGUGCGAGGAGUGUGGAACUGCGCAAGUUCCAAAAAGUAGGGUAAAAACCACCUCUGAGGUGUGCAAAGUAGAUAAUAGACUGUUACUGAAUGCAUCAGACUUGGAGGAAACUACCUCAGCAUACUUAAACGGGUGUCAAAAAGUUGUGAAAGUCUUGGCUGUCCUUACGGAAGAAGAAGAAAAGCAGGAUGUUGCAUCAAGCUCUGAUGAGCUAGGCAGCAAAGUAUUUUGCGAAGCAAACAAUACAAGGCCAUUGAGAAACAGGGAAAUUUCUGAGAAUGGAGUGGAAAGCAGAGACCAGCAAAUCUUUGAGUCAUCUUUACCUGAAUAUGAGCAUUGGCUUAACAUCGGUUCUUCUGUAGAUUCGCAAAGUCCUUUGGUCCAGAACACUGUCACAUCUGACAAAACUGAUAAUGAAAAUAAAACCUGGGAAGAGAGAACUGGAAUUCUGUUUGGCCAAAAAAGUAGAGAGGCUCCUGCUGCAAUUCACAAGUCUGAAUCUGAUUCCUGUAGUAAUAACUUCAUCCUAGAAAAAGAUGCAUGGUGGAAGCCAAUAUCAGAUCCGGAAUGGUUGAAGAUUUUCAAACCCAUAAAAGGAGAUGGAAGUAUAUGGCAUGGAAAAGAUUGCAGCUGUCUCAAGACUGCACAAGAGAUGAAAUGUGUCAGCUCAAAAAGUGAAGAAAAUGUGGAUCUGAAUUCUUUUCACUUGGAUUCUCCCUGUUUGACAUCCACCCAGAAAGGAGACAGGCCUCAAAGAUGUGAGAAAUUCUCUGGUGAAGACCUCCCUCUGGAAAUCAAUAACCUUUCAGUGACUAAGCCAACAAAUAGAUGCUGCAAUGCUACCAUCAACCAAGACACCAGUUCCCCCAUCAGUAAGCUGCAGCAUGUGUUGGCUGAGUCUCGACAGAUGGUUGCUGAUCUGGAGCUUAGCACUCUCCUCCACACAAGCCCUCGCUGCAGUCCAAACAGCAGCAACAUUAAUACGAUGGAAAGAAGAAGUCAUUUUGGAGCAAGCUGUUGGAGGUCUAGAGAAAAGCAAACACAAGUAUGACUUACAUUCAGAACUGCUUUAUUACAGUAGGUAUAUUUGUGGAAGGAGGACAGUAUAGGAAAUAGGUGAUACAUAGAACAGUUUUGUAUAUGAAUUUAAACCAGACUCUCAGUUUAAAUAACCUUAGAGUUUUUGUGGGCUCAUAGUUUUAGUUCCUUCAUUGCAGGGUCAGAGAACAUAGUCAAUGGUCAAAGAAAAUAACCUGUAUAUAGCUGUCAUGGCAAUUUAUUUUAUGAGCAUGAACUCUGAUAGGGAGUUUCUGUCCUGAGUAUGUCGGCAAUAGGAGUAAUUGGAGAAGAGGUCACUUGUUUGUUUUCAUAAAUAUCCUUAAGAAUUUCUACCUUGUUUGACAAGGAGAUUGUACCACUUGUCACAAGAAAUUAGUAAACUUCUGCUGAUAUAUAUCACAAAAGGAAAAUUCAGACUUUUGAUUUUAAAGCAGACUCCUAAUGCGAAGGCUGCAUGCUGAAACCUCAGCUUUCUCCUGAAAGGUAUUACCUCUCUCUAAAAAUGUUGCACUCCUUUUAUCCUUAGAUGAACUUGACCAGAACAAUGUUACUAUAAGUAACAGACAAAGCAAUUUUUAUAACAUGUAGAACCAUAAAACCUUAGCUGUGCUGGGACUGACAACGUAUAAAGGCUGUGUGCCAGGUGCCAGCGUUUGCAUAAACUGAAAGGAUAUUUUGUUCAGAAGUUCAUCUGCAGGAUUUCAUUCAGCGUGAAAGACAGCAGCAGUGUAGUCUUUUGCAAAGAGUAUCUUGUGGGAGGGAUUCCUGAAAAGCUCUCUACAAAACAGUGGUUACUUGUGGCUCAUGCCCAGCCCCAUCAGCUGUCUGGCUCCUGCUUACUGGUUGGCACAUCACAGCUCGGCUAAACCGGCUGUCCUUUAGUAGCAAGCAUGACUCUGCUUUAUAACCUGAUACUGCCUAUUUGAGCUUAGAAAUUGGCUUCUCAUUUGGAACGGUUGCUUGAGUGGAUAGAAAAUAAAGCAGGCUCGUGUUUACUGGUGAGGGUAACUCCUGAACCACAUCUGUAGAACUUUGAUCUACUUUCACAGCGGUUCUGGGCAAAAACUUGUCCAGCAUGUUUUAGUUAAUCUAUGCAGGCCAACUAAUCUGUGCUUAAAACCAGGUUUACCUGGGGCUGUUUUAAACUGUGCUUUAAAACAUAAUCUAUAUCAAAUAUAACCCUUAGAAUUUAAUCAGUAUUUGUACCUGUUGGAUGCUGUGCCCUGCUUGAGGGAGGGAGGAGAAGAGGGAAUUAAAAAGUAUAUCCUUGCUGCUUCACCAGUUUGAAUCUGGCAGCUCUGUAA